AUGGUGUUCCAAAAAGAAGUCAAGUCCUCUGCUUACCACUCGAGAUUCCAAACUCCUUUCCGUAGAAGACAGGAGGGUAAGACCGACUACUACCAAAGAAAGAGAUUGAUUUCUCAAGCCAAGAACAAGUACAACACCCCAAAGUACAGAUUGGUUGUUCGUUUCACCAACAAGGACAUUAUUGCUCAAAUUGUGUCUUCUCAAAUCACUGGUGAUGUUGUUUUCACUUGUGCUUACGCCCACGAGUUGCCAAGAUACGGUAUCAACCACGGUUUGACCAACUGGUCCGCUGCUUACGCUGUCGGUUUGUUGGUUGGUAGAAGAGCCUUGCAAAAAUUGGGCUUGGACGAGACCUACAAGGGUGUUGAGGAAGUUGAGGGUGAGUUUGAAUUGACCGAGGCUGUCGAGGAUGCUCCAAGACCAUUCAAGGUUUUCCUUGACAUUGGUUUGCAAAGAACCACCACCGGUGCCAGAGUUUUCGGUGUAUUGAAGGGUGCCAGUGAUGCUGGUUUGUACGUUCCUCACUCUCCUAACAGAUUCCCAGGUUGGGAUAUCGAAGGUGAAGAAUUGGACGCCGAAUUGUUGAGAAAGUACAUCUUCGGUGGUCACGUUUCUGAGUACAUGGAGGAGUUGAUGGAUGACGAUGAGGAGAAAUUCAGAACCUUGUUCAAGGGUUACAUUGCUGAUGAGAUUGAGGCUGAGGAUGUUGAGGACAUCUACACCGAGGCUCACGAGAAGAUCAGAGCUGACCCAUCUUUCAAGCCAACUGAGAAGAAGUUCACCAAGGAGCAAUACGCUGCCGAGUCCAAGAAAUACAGACAAACUAAGUUGACCAAGGCUGAGAGAGACGAGAAGAUUGCUAAGAAGAUUGCUGCUUUCAAGGCUGAGAACUAA